AUGCAUUGUUCACUGUACAAUGACACAUAUCUCUUCCUUAAUAUAAAGGAGAUAUUGCCACAUCCACAAGAAGGUUCAGAAUUGUAUUUGCUCUCUGGUGACAAAUUUGAGAAUAGGGUCAAUUUGAAAUGGCCAGUUUCAUUUCAACAGGAUGAGGUUUAUAGUUAUACUAAUAUGUUGGAUUCUGGUAUUAACGACGUUCUUUGUUUAUCUGAUCGUGAUCAUGAAUUUGUUGCAUUAUGGAAUCCAGCUACUAAGGAAUUGGAAACUGUUCCUUCUAGUUCGGCUCAGUUUUUACCUUUUAAUACUGUUUGGUUUCAUCUUCAUGGAUAUGGUUAUGACCCUGUUAAUGACGACUAUAAGAUCAUUCGACGUGUUUAUGUUAAUCAAUAUAAACCUAAUGACAAUGUUGAUUGGAAUUAUCUUCCAACCACGCCACAACCUUUUUGGGAGAUUUAUAGUGUAAGAAGUCAUUCUUGGAAGAGACUUGAUUUGUAUAUGCCUAUAGAUAUAGGUCGUAAGGUGUACUUGAAUGGAAUGUGUCAUUGGUGGGCGAACACGAAUGUAGCUGAUGCAUACAUGGUUUCUUUUAACUUGAGCAAUGAGAACUUCUUUACUACGCAUUUACCGUUGGAUAUGCAAGAUAGCUAUCCUAAUGAGUGGGUGAAGAUAGAAACUGAUCCUGACGAGUGGGUGAAAAGGUACUUUGACUUGGUGGUGUUAAAUGGGUUCGUUGCUAUGAUCUCAAAGCAUGUAAAGACAUCUUCUUUUCACAUAUAUGUUUUGGGCGAACUUGGUGUUAGAGAAUCAUGGACUAAACUCUUCAUUGUCGGACCCUUGCCUGGCGUGGAGCGUCCUAUUGGAGCAGGAAAAAAAGGCGAUAUAUUCUUUCUAAAAAAUGACAAUGAAGUAGCUUGUUUUGAUUUAAAUACCCAAACAAUUGAAGAUUUGGGUGUUAAAGGGGAGCCUUUUUUUUGUCACUUUGCAAUUUGUAAGAAAAACCUUUCGUUUAUCGGAAUUAGGAAUUAG